UCUCCUGGGGCCUCCGAGUCAAUAUUUGGAAUUUUUGUCCGGCCAGAGGCCUCGCGGUCCUUCCUCCCGGCCGGACCGACCGCCCAUCGCCAGCGGCGGCCUCCUCCUCGCCGGACGCCAUGGGGACGCCCAAUGACCGGGCCGUCUUGCGGGCCAUCUUCAACCCGGACACCCCUUUCGGAGACGUGCCCGACCUGGACCUGGGGCCGGAGGAGGACCAGUGGGCCGAGGAAGAGGAAGAGGCCUCGUCGUCGUGGUCGUCGUCCUCCUCCUCCUCCCCGUCUUCGUCGUGGUGCCGGGGGGCUUUGCUGGAGCGGGCGAAGGCCCUGGAGGCGCAGGGGGUCGGGGCGGCCGAGGCCGGCCGGCUGAGCGUGGCGCUCGACCGGCUGGGCCAGGCCAUCGCCCUCCUGCCCCACAGGGCCUCCGCCUACAACAACCGCGCCCAGGCCCGGAGGCUCGGCCACGACCCCCACGGGGCCCUGCAGGACCUGGGCCGCGCCAUCGCCCUGAGCCGGGGCCGGGGCCGGGUGGCCCGCCAGGCCUACGUGCAGCGGGGGCUCCUGGCCCGGCUGGACGGCCGCGAGGACGACGCCCGCGAGGACUUCGAGCGCGCGGCCCGGCUGGGCAGCCCCUUCGCCCGCCGCCAGCUGGUCCUGCUCAACCCCUACGCCGCCCUCUGCAACCGCAUGCUGGCCGACAUGAUGGGGCACCUGCGGGGCCCGGCCGGCCAGGGCCGCUGAGCCCCCCGAGCCACCCCGGGGCCGGUGCGGGGGGUCUUCUGGGCCUCCUUCGCCCCCUCCCAAUAAAGAUGCUCUGCCCCAGC